GUUUUUUUAACCCAAAAUAUAUCCAGAAAAAUCCACGCAAGAGUAUAUCUACUUCAUCAUGUUCGUUUGCUGACUGCCUCGAAAAAUUGUCGUCAAUAUGGCGGCUGUACGACGCAACUUGAGGUGACAACAUUCAUUGACAACUUACAAAGCAAAAACCAAUAGCGAAUAAGAAAGUUUUGGAACUAUCUACAACGCAAUAACUAUCUUGCAUAACUUUCAAGAACUGGUUUUGUCGCGUUUCAAGACCUAAACUGAGAAAAUAGCUUUCUACAAGAGAAAUGUCGUUUCCAAACCUGAACAGAAGCGAUGGUACAUUGUGCUACUAGUUCAAGGAUUUUGCAUCCAAUGUUUCAACACCUGUAAYGGUUAAAUGGUUUUUAAUUGCUGCAAAAGGUAUAUUGAAGUAUCAUGUAUGAAAAUAUAACAAUGUGUAAUAUCUAUUAUCUAAAAGAUAUUGAAAUAUACUUUUAAAAUUCUAAAAUCUUAGCUGUGUGAGACUAACGAUAUGAAUAAGAAUUUUGACAUGCUAUGUAGCUACUCGCGAUGGCUGAAGUAGAAGAAAGAGAGAUGAAAAAAAUAUGGGAAAUGGAAAUAAGGAAAGGGUAAACUAAAAAUAAAACUGACUGCGUUUGUAACAAAUAAUCAUUAAACACGAGAAUACGGACAAAAAAAGGAAAUCAAAAGGCGUAAAACUCGUCGAAAAUGCACGCCAUCGGGUACCAUUUUUGAUUUUUCCCAAUUUACCAACCAGGUUAAAGUUGACUGGCUGAGUUCAUUGACACAUUUCAUACCACCAGUCGGUAUGUUUACCAAGAUUCAUCGAUCCAUAUGAUCGGUGUAUUAUUCAUGAUUGCUUUACUGUGGUUAUUCGCGAUAAGCGGUUAAUAAAAACCCUCUAUUAUGGCCACGAUUUCUUCAGAAAUUUGAAAAUAUCUUUGACAGAUGUUGGAAUUAAACACGGGUUAAAAUGGAUGCAUUUUAUGGAUUUGAAUCAAAAACUUCAGUGAACAAAAUGGCGGACUACGUUUAGUUGUAUGGAAACUCCAAGACCAAAUGUACGCUUCUAGUACGCUACUAGUUGUUGCUGUAAUUGUUAGCUUGCGCGUAAGCAGUGGUACUCUCACACCGAACCAUGGAAAACAGUCCUUAGAUGUGGCAGAAACGCAAGCRCAACGCAGGAACCUACGUGGAGKUUCGUUUGGACGUUUACGUAAAACGUUUUCAACAAAUAGUAAUAAGCAAUCCCUAAAUGGCGGUAGUUACUCUUGGUACUAUAGGAAACCUGAAKWCACACACUUUAGCGCAAACGCACCGCAAGMACUGCGCAAGAMCCCAGACGUGGGUGAGACGUUCACGGCAAAGAAUAGCAAGCUUUCGGUAAAAMGUGGCUCCUACGCGUCGCAGCAUGGAAAACAAACUGGUACGCCUUUAUACGCAARGAAAUUGCAAUCGCAACGUAAGAACGCGGUUGGCAAUUUGCAUGGGAACUUCCCUGAAACUCUUGCAUCUAAAGGUAGUUUGCCACUAACAAAGAGGUUGUCAACUGCUGAGAACAAAUCCAAUGGAUUUGCUCGUAAUGUGGGAAGCAAGGAGCAAUUUGUUUCAAGAAGCAGUAUUGAUGCUAAAAACAACCAUGAAGCUAUAAGAGGAAUUUAUAAAGGUAAUGAACAAUUGCAUUYCGGCAAUGACAGAAAAAUUGUUGCCAAAUAUGSACAUGAWAAUACGAACACAGUUGCAARCAAUAAAACAAGCAUCAAAGUAAAUUUUCGACACGAAAAAUUUCCAAAGAAUACGAAUGAUAUUAAAAACGUUGAAAACAACUCGAUGCCGCAACAGAAGGAGUUUUUAAAAAGUCACUCCAUUAAUUCGACUGGACAUCUCGGACAUCAAGGCAAUGCGGRGUCACUUAGGAAAUWUGGCAAGGGUAAGAMCGAGAAUAUUAAAAGUGCUGAAACCCAGAUUUCUAUAAGUAAGACGGAAUCUSGAUUUGKCAAAUCCAGCAACAAAAAUUCACACGGAAAAAACAAGAAUUCUCAAAAUUACGCAGGCUCAAAAUAUCAUCAUUUGAAGCAGAAAGAAGCGGUUGUUUCGGCGAAAACGUUAGGCAGCCACAACUCUGUCAGACACGGUCAUCAUCAUCAUCAUCAUAGUCAUCAYCACCAUCAACACCAUCAUCGUCAUCGACRCCAUCAUCAUCACCAUCAUCCUCGUCUCCAAAAUGUUAUAAAUUUGGACGAUCAUCUCAAAGAAGACCAAAGCUCGCAAGGAGGCGAUCAGUACAARGUUUCUCCACCAACAAUGAUAAGAGAAAAACCUAAACCUCCAAAAAAACCACCAACAGAAAUCUUCAAAGCUCCAAAAAAGAUCGCAUUUAAAGAAGAUUACAACCAUACGACGUCKCAAAAACGGUUUGUGAUUAUAGGUGGACCACGUGGGGCUCACAGUCUGAAGCGGUUCCAUUUCUCGCCGGCGUUGGUAAGCGCGCUGAAGCUGGUACUAAACAAGAAAAACUCAUUCAAGAAGGAUGCAGAUAUCUUGAACUUAGCACAAGCGCUUCAGACUAAAGAUACAAACAAUGACAUUGUAAAGAACAACAGUAUAACAACUGCAGUAUCGUCGGGAUURACGCGAAAUGGGCAAAGAGCUCGCCUWGUUACUGUCAAAGACCUUGGYUACAUUARUGCAAAGAUGCACAAACAUGGGAAAAUGAAAGCUAAGAUGCACUCAAAAGUGUUGMCACAAAAAGAUCAUGCCGAUAAAAAAACAGUYGGUCACCUGGAGAAGGGCCAUCCGUCACGCGAGAAUGAGCCUUUUAUUAAWUCGAUACUUGAACAAAUUAAGAACUUUCAAGAGGGUAAUAAGGGGAAAGCUCCACAGAGCAACAUUGCUGGUAUCGUUCCACUHAAACAGCAACCAGAAGAGCUUGGCGUAGCAGCUUAUCGUAGCAGCAUCUCGGACGAUCGGUCCCAUUCAGCUCUGGUCAACCCCACAUCCCUUGGGAUUUCAAUACUAAAAUUGCUAUUUGGAAAAAGAGCAAAGCUUAUCGUCAAGCCCAAAUACAAGAUGCUUGUCAAUGAUCGUCCUGGAGCGAAGUUCUUGCAAGGGUAUGGGACUCAGAAACAGAGAGCAGAACUUCAAAAAGAGAUAGAAGAUGAAAAUAAGUUGAUUUUAUUGAAAGGAACUCGUAAGGAGAAGUUUGAGGCAACGCUAGCUAAGUCUAUUAGUAACUUGAUCACCGCGAUGAAUAAAAACGAUAUGGCAGCCGCAGAAGCUCGGACAAAACAAGGUCCUGUGCAGAACAAUGCACCAAAACAAGGUCCUGUGCAGAACAAUGCACCAAAGCAAGGUUCUGCACAUAACAAAACCAGUGUGCAACUAAAUCCCAAUAAGGACGAAAAGGGUGCGAGGAAAUCAUGGGUGCUUCUAAAGAUGCCAAAAACUGGAGAGAAUGAAGAGGUUAAGGAAGUCCAAAAGUAUGAAGACAACGAGGACCCGACCAAAGAAGCUGUCAAGCUAAUAUCAACAGUUGGCAAGCAUAAUAACAAGGUAGCAGACAUACAAGUGUCAAGACCUAAGCACGACGAUGAUGACGUCCCUGACCCUCCAAAGAAAAUCAAAGAAAUUGGCUCUGACACCGACUCAAAAGUUGUCCCACAAAUAACUUACAACCUUAACGGGAUUAAAAGCAAAAAUGGGCUAACUAAACUCUCUUCUUCUGACUCCUCUACUAACUCACUGGGCUUAGAAAGUACCCUCGGAAAAAUCCUCAAGGGYAUACAAGAGAGUAUUAAAGAACUGAAAAGCCAACGSAGAGAAGAUGAUGAAGAAUCACCCACUAUUCAUAGAAAAUGGACCCCAAUGAUAUCCACUGAUACGUCACCUGUGUCGUUUACGUCACGAAGCGCGCCAGCAAGUACGUCAGAAUCAGGCGAGGUGGCUAAGAUUCCUGAUUUGUUAGCGGCAGUGAAUAAGCUAUUAGGUGCCACCACUAAAAAACACCAUGGAAUGCCUGGAAUACCAACUGACCAUACUGGGACUGAAGAAUCCACSAUAAGUGUACCUGACGUCGACAGCCAAUCAGAUGCAGCACGGAGGUAUGUGAGUAACGCCAGAGCUUCUACAGAUCCUUUACUGCCGAAACCGAUGUAUGAUGAACCUAUAACUGUGACGAGUCACUCUAGAGUAUCCCAUGGUCAAAACCCAAGCGAUAAUGUAUUGUUUGAGUCUGAUCAGGUGGCUACUCAAAGAGACAAUGCGAACGCAAUUGAAGCUAUGAAAUURAAAGAAGAUCUGGAGGCUUUUGCAGAGAAAGGUCUCAACACACACAAUAAAUUCCGCGCGAUCCACCAUUCUCCCGACCUCAAAUGGUCUGACGAGCUAGCAACCCAAGCAGAGAAGCUAGCCUACGAAAUGGCCAUGAAAGGAAACAUCGAAAAGUCAGCUCUCGCAACAACUUUAAACUACGGCGAAAAUGUUGCGAAAAUUUCCGGGACAAGCUUUGAUCGGGCAGGCGAAGAAGCCACAAACUUGUGGUAUGCUGAAAUCUCGAAUUAUAGCUUCUCAGAUCCAAGAAUAUCGCCUGAAACCGACUCGUUCACCCAGGUGGUAUGGAGAAGUAGUCAAAAGCUUGGCAUGGGAUGCGCCAGAGACUUACAGACUAACGAUCUGUAUGUAGUUGCUCUUUACGAUCCCAAAGGGAACGAAGAGCGUGGUCUUAGGAGCAAUGUUGUUAACAAGGGAGGAGUGACUGAGGAUGUUUAUGCGUCGAUCUUCAAGAGGCAACAGAUUAAGGGAUAAUAUGCAUGAUAAAGUUGACCUUUGAAACAAUUCUCCUAUCCAGGGAGGGGUGGCUCGGGCUGUUUUUUUCUUCCCUAUUGUGGGGGCUCGUGUGUAGUUCUUGAAUAGUGAUGGAGUUUAAGAAGUCAUAAAAAGUGCUCUUUAAACUCCUUAAGAAAACAUUCUGAAAAAAACGAGCAGCUUACAUGGAUGUAGCAUAGCUUUUUAUAUGUAACGAUUAAAAAGUACUACAGUUAAGAUCAAGAAAAGCAUGAUGAUACUUUUUUUCCAAGACCAAUUCGAUACCUUUUUAUGUGUUUUACUGGUUGUAACGUAGUGUUUGAAGAUUUCAACUUUGAGCAUUGAUUAAGGUUAUUCACUUAGGUCCACACAACCUCAAUCAAUCUCAUUAGCUUUGUUAAAGACGUGUUUGGUUUCGAAUAUCACCAUUUUUAAAGGAACCACCGAUCGAUGAACUUUAUGUUAUUUUUUUAGUUAGACAGUUGACAUAUCCAAUGGUUUGUUAAUACAUUAAUAACAGUUAAUAGUAAUAGAUAUUACAUUAUAAACGAAAAAUACUGCUAAUAUUGCGAUACUUUGAACUUAUCCGCAAACGUCUUAUGUGUUAGGCAACCAUGAUUAAAAAAAGCUUUACAUAUGCUGCUUUGUUUAAAUGAACAUUUAUGGUUGGCACAGUUAUAAGAAAAUCUUGCGUCUUAUUAAGUAUCGCUUUAUUUUCUACUAAAUUCCAACUUAGAGUAAAUAGUAUUUUUUUCGUAUUUUUCUCUUUAGUAUUCAACCAGAUGUAUAGUGCAAAUAGAAUAUUGAUUAGCARCGUAGAAUUUCUUUGUAGCUGUUAGUAUGAAUUUAUUUUGAAUCUCCUUUGAUCUUGAACAUCGUCAUUCAAGCUGUUAAACUGUUUUAGUUUGACGUGCAUGUUUGUGUACAUAGUUGAGUUUUCCGAAACGAUUUUGAUGUUAUUAUUUACUGUGCAAUAAAAGAUACAAAUUUCAAAGUUUUCA